AUGAGUUUAUUUAUUAAGAGAGCACAGAGCUAAGAGAGCCAUAAUGCUCUCGGUUUUUUAUUAUUUUUUACCGAGUGCCAUACUGCGAGGUUCAUACAUAUACCGCCAGCCGGAGAAUCGCCCAUCAGUUGUGUGAAAUAUCUCGCGACCCGCCAGCCAACCGAAGGAGAUGAAUCGAACUGCGCUGUCCACUGGCAGCACCAGCCGCAGACUUCCGGCUCUCUUGUUUGUCCUGCUGCUCGCCCUGGUGGCCCAGACUAGCGGUCGUCCUUCGUCGGAGGACGACUUGGCCAUCAUACCGCCGGAUGCCGACAAUGUGGAGAUCCAUAAAGUAAAGUUCGUGAAUGGCGUCAUGCAGAAGGAUCACCCGGUGAUCAUGUACAAGGAGGAUUUCGUCAGUGAGGAUUAUGAUCCCACUAAGAACGAGUCCAGUCCCGUUCGCCACAAGAAGCACAAGCGAACGCAUCACCAUCGUGAGGAGCCCCAGCAGGAGAACGACGGGGACCAGAUCCUUUUCGAUAUCCUGCCCGACAAGCCGAUCGUGCUGGAGGAAGACCUUAAGGCUCCUCUGGUCAACCCCAUCGAAGUCGCCGAGCUGGCGGAACCCGUCAAGAAAGAGGCCGCGGGGAAGCAUCCCAAGAAGUACCACAGUCGCCAGCGACGACAGGCCUAUUUACCAACUUAUCCAAAUGAAUAUGUCCUCCAAUAUUACUAUUCGACACCCCAAAAACAAAACGUGCCAGCUUUAAUCUAUUUUAAACGGUACCAGGUGCAGGGUAAAAAACCCAAUUUGAAGGGACCUCCCAAUCGUUUAGAUCAGACUUCCGUUGUCGUCGAGAAUAGAGGUGAAUUUGACUUGAUACACAAUUCAGAUCAAAGUCUAGCGAAUUUCUCCAUAUAUAACAUAAGCACGACUACGACCAGGCGACCUAUACUGACCACAAGGGCUCCGACCCCGCUUCCCCGAGAGCCGCCAGCUCCGCGUCCCCCGACAUUUGGCGCCCCCUCCCAGAGGCCGCAAGAGGAGGUGGCUGCCCCGUCGGCCGCCAGUGAGCCCAAGGUCAGCCAGUGCGUGUGGGCGAUCGUGAACUGCUGCACCGCCGACAGCAAGAAGGUCAGGUACAACUGCUUCGAGGCGUUCGGCUGCCACGGAGCCUUCUGGGACAUCAAUCCGUGCGCCAGUGAAAGCGUGAAGCAAGACGAUCUCGUGCCCUUAGGCGGCUUCUCGCCCCCCGGCUUCGCCCAGCCCGAAUCCCGACCAGCCCCAGCCCCAGCCUCUCGCCCCCGACGUCCGUCAUCCAGGACAGAUGGUUUCCAUUUCCCACAGGACUUUGGCUACCAGGAGAACAGCAUCUGCCAGCGGGCCUCAAAGAUCUGCUGCUCGCAGAGAAAUAUUGGAUCCCAGUACGAGUGCUUCCACCACCACGGCUGCAACGAGAACAUCUCGACCAUUAUAUCCACCUGCUCGUAGGCUGCGCAGGAUUAGUCCCAAUAAGUCCACAUCUGCACUGCAAAUCUCUCGGUGACACGAGCCUCGCGUUUCAAAAGCCCCAUUUGCACCCUCAUGCUUCCCGGAUUACAAGCGGAACGUACUUAUAAUAAACCCAUAAUUUCUAGUCGGCUCUGCCAGUGGGGCUAACCCUAAUCAAUAAAGAUUCUUCUGUUUCAAACUAA